GUAAAGCCAAGUUAAGGGUGUGUUUGUAUUUCUUAAAAGUGUUUUAUGCCUUCUGCAGUGCCAAGAAAAUCAGUUCCACUGCUAUACUCUCCUGUCACACCAGAUAAGAGCUGUAAACCGCCCUGCACUACGCAGUAUCUAUUAAACAGUGGAUACAAACUUGGUUGAAUUUCCUUUUGGGUCUGUGUCUGCUGGAGGGGUUGGAGUUCAGCCAGUGUUCUUUUCCUGUUUUUUCCUCUCCUUGUUUCCUAAUCUAACCUAGUUUUGUUUUCACCCUGAGCCACUCUUGUGCAAUUGCUGCUAACUGUGUUAUUCUUGCGUAAGACUGCUUAACUGAGCCUUUGAAACGCAUUGCGUAUUGGGGAGCUGUGGAGUGAGUAUAAGAGUCUGAGGCUGAAGGGAAUGUCCAUACAGUUACCAUGAAGGCAGCGGUGCUCUCUGUUUUGAUACUGUGCAGCAUUGCUGAGGAGUCACUGGCUGUUACGAGGGAAUAUAGCAUUGCAGCGGUGGAGCUGGACUGGGAUUACCUGCACACUGAAUAUCUGGAGACGAUUCCCACCAAGCGCAACUUCCCAGCAGCUUCCCACCACCCCAAGGAGGAAGUGCAGCUGUACACCAAGGCAGUGUACUGGGAAUAUACAGAUUCCACAUUCACAACUCCAAAAUCCAAACCAACAUGGAUGGGCAUUCUUGGUCCCACAAUAAGAGCAGAGGUCAAUGACAAAGUGGUGGUUCACUUCAAGAAUCUGGCCUCGCGUUCCUACAGUGUGAAUCCCAUUGGAAUCUCCUACUGGAAACAAUCGGAGGGUGCCGAGUACAGCGAUGAAACCUCCCCGACAGAGAAAGGGGAUGAUGCAGUGGCCCCUGGGGAGGGGUAUCAGUAUGUCUGGGACAUCCUGCCUAGCACUGGGCCCACCUUGGGGGAUCCACAGUGUCUCACGUACUCCUAUUCCUCCCAUGUCCACACAGUCAGAGACUUCAACUCAGGGCUGAUCGGAGCACUGCUGGUCUGCAAAGCAAACACUCUGAAGGCAGAUGGAAGUCAAAGCAACGUGCAGGAGUUUGUCUUACUGUUCUCAGUGUUUGAUGAAGCUCAGAGCUGGUAUGGAGAAGCAGACAUGUUCAGAGAAAGAAUUCAAAACACGCGGAAAACUGUUAAAAAACAGUAUCACUCAAUCAAUGGAUUUGUGAAUUCCACUUUAACUGGCUUGAAAAUGUGCCAGAAGAAGAAGGCCCACUGGCACCUGAUUGGAAUGGGCACGGCUCCAGAGAUUCACUCUGUUCGUUUCCAUGGACACACUCUGCUGGUGCAGAAUCACAGGAAGGUCUCCUUUGACAUGACGCCCAUGACUUUCGCCACCGCACAGCUGACAGCUGUCAACACCGGGAGGUUUCUCAUUUCCUGUCAGAUACACGCUCACCAGCACGAUGGAAUGAACGCAUACUUCAGUGUGGAGUCCUGCCCGGAGGAACUGCAGGAAAGACAAGUGACUCCUGAUCAUGAUGAUGAAUAUGAAUUCAACACGAAAGACCUGUUGUCUGGACUUUUUGAGAUGCCUCCCAAGUUGAACGUACGAUCAUCGUUAAAGAAGCAGCCAAAGAAGUGGGUGCAUUACAUCGCAGCAGAAGAGGUGGUGUGGGACUACGCACCAAUCAUUCAUAAUCAAAGAUACAGAAGUUUAUCUACUAUGUAUUUAGAAAAGGGUCCACAGCGCAUAGGCAAACAGUACAAAAAAGCCGUGUAUGUUGAAUAUACAGAUGGCACGUUCAGAAAGCGCACACCAAAGAAUGGACCAGACAGAGGAAUCAUGGGUCCUGUUCUAAGGGGAGAAACCGGAGAUGAAUUUCAGAUCACCUUCAAGAAUCUCGCCAGACAUCCUUUCAACAUCUACCCACAUGGGCUCACCAGUGUGCAGCCGUUUGUUGCUAAGCCAUCCCUGGAAGGGAAGGACCUAAAGAAAUGGGCAAUUCAACCCAAUGAAACGUUCACAUACUCCUGGAAAAUAACCCUCGAGGAUGGGCCGACCAAGUCCGACCCGCGCUGCCUGACACGCUUCUACCACAGCAGCCUGGACCCAGUCCGAGACGCGGCUGCAGGGCUUGUGGGCCCGCUGAUCAUAUGCACAGUGAAUACUCUCAAUUCUCUGGGGAAAGUGGUACAAUCAGACAAAGAGAGGUACCUGCUGUUCUCGGUUUUUGAUGAAAAUAAAAGUUGGUACAUCAAUGAAAACCUGGAAAAGUACUGUGGCACUCCAUCCAGUGUGGACCCAGCUGAUCCUGCUUUCUAUAACUCCAACGUGAUGUACAGUGUCAAUGGUUACAUGUAUGACUACCUCAAUUUGAAGAUUUGUGCAGGAGACGUGGCUUUCUGGCAUGUGAUAAAUUUCGGGCCCCAGAGCGACUUUCUGUCCGUCUACUUUGCUGGAAACACUUUUGAGUGGCAUAAAAAUGUGUAUGAGGUUGUGCUGACCCUGUUCCCCAUGUCUGGUGAAACUGUCCGAAUGGAGCCGCAAAAAAUGGGUGAAUGGCUAAUGGGAGCUUUCGACUCAAACUUCAGAAACAGGGGUAUGAGUGCCAAGUAUACAGUAAACAACUGCGACUAUGAUUACAGAACGGGGGACCCAGGGGUGGAAGAUUAUUAUCAAGUUUUGGAUUACAUUGGACACAGUUUUUCUCCAAGAGGCUUUAACAAAAAGAACAGGACCAUCGUCUUCAAACUGUGCAAGAAAAACUCAACGACUGCCUCUGGUAACAUAACAGAAAGCCCUAAUGCACCCCGCUGCAAAGUUAAAUAUGUUCAGACUCUCGAAGACAAAACUGAGAAGACUAAUAAAACCAUGGAGGGCUUGGAGAUUCCAUUGGGUGUCAUAAGUAAUUUGGAAAUCAAGGAUAGUCCUUCUGUUGAGGGAAACCAAGGCAAGUCUCAACCCCGGUCUAUACAGGGAAAUACAUCCAGUCAGAUAGAAAGGACAGAAAAAUACCUUCUACCAAUAAAAGCUGAGGGUGACAGACAAAGCAUGGGUAUGACUGAGAGUACAAGCAGUAAGAAGACUGGUUUUGAUCAAGGGGAGGCAGCAGAAGAGUCUGCUCCUUCCGAUAUUGAAAAGGAGUUGGAUCCUCUCCAGAGUACAGAAUCAGAGGAGGGCCCUGUGGUCGCUGGUUCUAAAGAGCCAUCACGCAUCCAAGAAUGUGGCAGCGACUGUAAUAAGCAUCGCAAGAAAAGAUCUCUAGAAUCCACCAAAUCACCAAAUCACCAUGAUCGGGCUAAACUAGGCGACCGGAAAAACGGCAAGCAGUUACUUAAAAAAAAUUUGAAUCAGAUUUACAAAGAGGACAAAAAAAGCACUGUUAGCCAGCUUGGAAAUCAAGUCAUUAAAGUGCCAUCACCUGUUCUGGAUAAUUCCAACCAAACUCAUAAAAGGUUGUCUGGAAAAAUACAAGCAAACCUCACAGACCACUUUCCAAGUUCUCAUAGUGUAAAAACAAAAGAACUGCCGCCUGAGGAAACGGAAUCCUAUUAUGAUUAUUACAGCCUCGGCUUGAAUGACAACGAAGAGGACUAUAAUAGCUAUGAUGACAUGCACCUUGACUUGCGCACCAAGGAAGGGAAAGUGCACUACUACUUUAUCGCAGCCGUGGAGGUGAUGUGGGAUUACGGCAUCAAGAAACCUCCUCAGUUAAUAAAUACCAGAGAAAUGAGAAGGGGGUGGGAGAAGUUUUUCCCAGAGUACAAGAAGGUUGUGUUCAGGGAGUUCCUGGAUGGUGACUUCUCUCAGCCGACCUCCCGCGGGGAAAUGGAGGAGCACCUGGGGAUCCUGGGGCCAGUGAUCAGGGCUGAAAUCAAUGACAUCAUAACUGUCGUAUUCAAGAAUCUGGCCUCCAGACCGUACUCUUUCAACCUCCAUGGUGUGUAUGACCGGGCGAUGAAUCCAACUCUGUACGAUUCACAGGACGGAACGACAGAGGGUGUCCAGCCCAAUGAGAUGCGCAAAUACUACUGGAAAGUGACCAAGCAGGAGGGCCCAACUGAAACGGAAUUUGACUGCAAGACAUGGGCCUACUACUCCAGCACCAAUCCAGAGAAGGAUAUGAACUCGGGGCUGGUGGGUCCCCUGUUGAUCUGCAAGCCUAACACUCUCGACAGAUUCUUCGGACGCCAGCUGAACAUUCAGGAAUUCUCGCUGCUCUUCAUGGUGUUUGAUGAAACCAAGAGCUGGUACAUGGAGGAGAACAUCGACAGAUUCUGUAAACCGCCUUGCCAGGUUAACAGAAAUGACCUGUUAUUUAAAAGGAGCAACAAGUUUAACGCUAUCAAUGGAUACGUAGCGGAGACGCUGCCUGGGCUGGUGAUGGCUCAGCACCACCUGGUUCGCUGGCACCUCCUGAACCUGGGCAGUGAAGGGGAGGUCCACACCGUUCAUUUCCAUGGGCAACCGUUCACUGUGCGGACAGACCAGGAGCACAGGAUGGGCGUCUACAGCCUGUACCCUGGCACCUUCGGGACAGUGGAAAUGAGACCUGGGAAGGUGGGGUCCUGGCUGGUGGACUGCAUGAUCGGGGAGUACCAGCUGUCUGGGAUGAGGGCACAGUUCCUGGUCUACACUCCAAAAUGUGCACAACCACUCGGGAUGGCAUCUGGGAGAAUAGCAGACUCACAGAUUACAAGCUCUCCUCCCUAUGGUGACUGGCUGCCUCGGCUGGCGAGGUUAGACAUGUCUGGCUCUGUCAACGCCUGGUCUGGUCAGAGCAGUAAGUCAUGGAUUCAGGUUGACCUGCUGAGGCCAAUGCUGAUUCAUGGCAUUAGCACCCAGGGAGCGACGCAAAGGUUCUCAGACUAUUUCAUCGCCCUGUUCCAAAUAUCUUACAGCACAGACCAGGAAUCCUGGAAGAGGUACAGAGGCAACGUCACACACUCUGAGAAGAUCUUCAUGGGGAAUGUCGAUGGCUCUGGUACAAAAGAGAAUACCCUUUCUCCUCCGAUAAUCGCCCAGUAUAUCAGAGUGCUUCCCUUGUCAUUCAAGAACCGGCCGACCCUUCGCAUGGAGCUUAUUGGCUGUGAUUUGAACAGCUGUUCUAUGCCAUUGGGCAUGGAGAGAGGUCUGAUCCAAGACAAUCACAUCAGCGCGUCUUCAUUUCGUGAAAAUUGGUAUUCGUCCUGGAAACCUUCACUUGCUCGUCUCAACCUGAAAAUGACUUAUAAUGCUUGGAGACCAAAGGCUAACAACCCUCACGAGUGGCUGAAGGUGGACUUUGGAGAAGUGAAAAGAAUCACAGGAAUAAUAACGCAAGGCGCCAAGAGACUGAUGAUGCCCAUGUUUGUGACAGAGUUCACCAUCUCGUUCAGCAAUGACGGGGUCACAUGGACAGCCGUUCUGGAGAAGCAGGUGCCCAGGGUUCAGGUCUUCCAAGGGAACACAGAUUAUAAUACAGAAGCUCUGAACACUUUUCAGCCUCCGAUAUUCAGCAGAUACAUCAGGAUUCACCCGAAAGGCUGGCAGAAUGAAAUUGCCCUGCGUGUUGAGUUCCUGGGCUGUGACACUCAGCAGUGACAGCAUUGAGAGACUAAUACUAGAGGUUAAUAAUCAACAGCAGGAACAGCCAAUACAGAUCUCAACAAUAAUUCAAGGGGUUAUAACCAAGAUUUAAAAUCGAUUGUCUUAUAUCUAUCAGCUUUAGCAACAAUCGCACAAGCCACCUAUUUCUUGAGGUGCUAAUUAUUUGGUUUUUUUCUGCUUUAAGAGCUUCACAAUGACCUUACUAUAGUAUGGUGUGAGUUCGGGGUCUGGUGCUUCAGUAUUGGCUUAUUUAUUAUCACUUUUCUCUAAAUCUGUCUUUACUUCACUUUGAGUUUGUCUGGAGAAUCCUAAAUGCUGAGACUAUAAGUCUUGCUCAUUCCAGUCAUGUGAUGAUGUGACCUUUCAACUGAGCAGACGCACACUGUGUAUAUAAUGUCGAGUAGGUGGGGCUGACAGAGUUGACAAGCUACAUUGGAAGGCUGUCACUAGACACUGGAUACUGGAGUAACAGAACACAAUGCAAUAGUAAGGGGAAUGCAACACAGAAAUACAAUGACAUUGAAACUUCUCAUUUGAUAUACAAAGAUUCCAAAUACAAUUUAUAUCUGAUGGUCUAACUGCAAGCAGACACACAGCUCACCCAAAAAGAAGUAGGUCAAUGGAUUUCAUGUUAAUGGCUAUUAUUGUGCACCUACUCUAACAAUGACACACGUUUUGUUAAUUUCUUCAAAUCCUAUGAUCUUUAAAUUAUGAACAUUCAUAUGCUAAAGUUGUAUGCAAUUUUUGAUACAUAUCUGGGGACUUUACAAUUAAUUCUUGUUUGUACUGUGUCCGAUCAUUGGGGUCUAACCCUAUACUGCUCUGUGAGAUCCCCUAUAAUCACAAGUGGAACUUGAUAUUGUUUUAUUCAUGUUCGGUGUUUUCCAUCAGUGUGUAACUUGUCUUUGUAACGAUCCAGUACAAACAAAAGGACAAUCCCACGCUCAAUGUAUGGAACGCUGCGGUUUCCAGUUCUAUACACCAGCAUUCUCUGUGUUCAGAUUACCAGAAUAUAGAGCAACACAUUCGCUUACUUCAAAAGUGAAAUUAGAUCAGUAUUAUACAGAUACCCUUAUAAAAGUUCACCACUGUAAUUCUGCUGUUUUCCCAUGGUAAUACUAUGCACUUAUAUCGUUUUCCACGGUUUGCCAUGAUUUUUAAUAUAAUACAAAAUGUACAAAUGAGAGGAGACCAUUUGGUCCAUAUAAGCUCGUGCAGCUCAUAGUAGCUGCUUGGGUUUUGUUUAAUAUCCUGUGCUCAUUGAUCAUACUUCUCUGUGCUAUACAAUAAUGAGAGCUUCAUCAUACUGCCACAAUGCUUUAUUGCACCGUGUUGUGUUUUUACUAUAGGAAACCUUUAUAAAGGUGUGUGCAGACCUGGUGUUAGAGCAGAGCGAGGCAGUCUGGGUUUAUCACUGUGUUGUCAUGGCUUUGGUAUAUCACAUUACUCUAUUAAACACAACCAUUCUUAUUGCACUAGUAAAGAGAAAGCAGCCUCAUUUCCUUUUCAAAUGAAAUCUUUCUCAAUGGUUAUUUUUCAGUUACUCAAAUUGUGUAUUGUUUUUUUUAAAUGCUGUGUUAAGUUG